AUGCCCGAAAGAUCUUUUUUUAUCUUCGAGAGGUGCGAUGCUCACAACUCCCCUCUCCCGACCUGUGUUGGCAACUCGCUCGCCGCAUCCCAACCCCCGUGGUCUGGUCCGCACCACGAUCCGGUGGGUUGCGGUAUUCUUGCAAUGAGCUUGACCUCGCGCGUCCUGGGCCUGUUCACGACGACAGAGACACCGUCUACCGAUCCCCCUUCUCCUGCGUCGGCCUCUCAGUUCCCCAACGUUGCUUCCGCUAGCAGCGACCAUGUCUUUCAUUCCGCCGGCCCGAUAAGCGCAACCAGCGACCAUAAUGCUCAGAAGGCUGCGUCCCUUGCGGACGAGGAGGAGCCUCGGCCUCCCUAUCUACAUGCUAUGCUGGCUGGAGGUACCGGUGGUACCUGCGGUGACAUGCUCAUGCAUUCGUUAGAUACGGUGAAGACUCGACAGCAAGGCGAUCCCCACUUCCCUCCGAAAUAUACCUCCAUGACCUCGUCGUAUGCGACCAUCUAUCGACAAGAGGGUUUCUUCCGUGGUCUGUAUGGUGGUGUUACGCCGGCGCUCUUCGGGUCCUUUCCUGGAACGGUCAUCUUCUUUGGUGUUUAUGAGUUCACCAAGCGGAAGAUGCUGGACUCUGGGAUUAACCCCAAUAUUGCGUACCUGUCUGGAGGUUUCUUCGCUGAUUUGGCUGCUUCCAUCGUAUACGUUCCCUCCGAGGUUUUGAAGACGCGACUGCAGCUGCAGGGACGCUACAACAACCCGCAUUUCAACUCGGGAUACAACUACCGCUCGACAACGGAUGCUCUACGCACGAUUGUUCGCCAGGAAGGGUUCUCCGCCCUCUUCUACGGAUACCGGGCCACCAUCUACCGUGACCUUCCCUUCUCGGCCCUGCAGUUCGCCUUCUACGAACAAGAACAGCGGUUGGCGAAAGAAUGGGUGGGCUCGCGAGAAAUCGGACUGCCCAUGGAGAUCUUGACGGCUGUCACGGCUGGUGGAAUGGCAGGUGUUAUGACCUGUCCGAUGGACGUUGUCAAGACGCGGAUCCAGACGCAGAAGAACCCGGAAAGCUCGAGCUCGACCAAGUCGUCGGCAUCGACGUCGGUCGCGCCGCCCGGGGCUCCCCGUCUGGAUACCUCGUCUUUCUUCACUGGCCUGAAGAUGAUCUACCAGACCGAGGGAAUCGCGGGAUGGUUCCGCGGAGUCGGACCCCGCGGAGUGUGGACCAGUAUUCAGAGUGGAACAAUGCUGGUUAUGUACCAGUACCUUUUGAAGAAACUGGAAGCUUACCAGGGGGUGGAAGACCUGAGCCCGCUGUUUGGUGAGCUUCCGCGACUUGCAUUAAGGAUUUGA